AUGAGUACCAGGGCGAAGAAAGAAAGCAAAAUCACCCGGUGCAUGAAGGCACCCAUUAGGGUUCUGAUCAGGGCCAGAGACUUCUAUAUCCGAAGCCUGUCGGGGUGCGCUGGACGGGUCAGCUACGGCACCGUUAUCGGAGGCCCGGCCCCAAUAGUCAACAGUACUUUGCCAAAGAGUUUCAGCGUCCACUCAACAAGUAGCAACGAUGAAGACUUUAGGGAGCUUAUGAGGAUUGCUUCGACUAGGAGCCUGGGCAAUAAGAUCGAGUUGGAGCUUCGCCGAAGGCAAUCGCCGAUUGCCGGAGUGAACGCUGUCCCUCGCAGCCAUAGCGCUGCUGUUGGAAGGAUUGAUGAAGACAAGCCUUGUGAGUUUGGAGAAGAGAUUAAUGUGAAGAAGACUAAUGCGUAUCCAAGAAGCAGGAGCUAUGCUGUUUCAAAAACAACUGGGAUGCUACAAGUCAAAUGA